AUGACGGAGGAUAUAGUAUUGUACUAUUUCGACGCAAGGGGAAAAGCUGAACUGAUCAGGUUAAUUUUUGCAUACCUGGGAAUAAAAUAUACAGACAAAAGAUUUGGAGAAAAUGGGGAUGCAUUUGCAGAAUUUAAAAAUUUUAAAAAAGAAAAAGAAAUACCAUUUAAUCAAGUACCAAUAUUAGAAGUAGGUAAUUUGAUAUUUGCGCAAAGCCAAGCAAUAGUACGAUAUUUGUCCAAAAAAUAUAAUAUUAGUGGGAAUAGUGAAUUAAAUGAAUUUUAUGCAGAUAUGAUAUUUUGUGGUGUUCAAGAUAUACAUUAUAAAUUUAAUAACACUAAUUUAUUUAAACAAAAUGAAACCACGUUUCUUAAUGAAGAGUUACCUAAAUGGUCAGGAUAUUUUGAAAAACUUCUAAAAAAGAAUAAUACAAAUUAUUUUGUAGGUGAUAAUUUAACAUAUGCUGAUUUAGCUGUUUUUAAUUUAUAUGAUGAUAUAGAAACAAAAUAUCCUAACAGUUUAAAAAAUUUUCCUUUAUUAAAAGCACAUAAUGAAUUUAUAAGUAACCUCCCUAAUAUUAAAAAUUAUAUUACUAAUAGGAAGGAAAGCAUUUAUUAA